GCUUGGACCCCACUCGAAACCCUGGUCAGCUCUGACAAAAUCUAAAUAGUACAGUUCUCAUUCCCUGUAUACCUUCUUCAUCACUCACCCGAAUCCGGAUUCCCGAUUCCAUUCCGACGACCAAAAAUGUACAAAAAAAAAAAAAAAAAUUCGUGUGAUUACUGCCCAAAUUCCGACUUCAGAUCCUUCCGAUCUCGCCAAUUCCCUCACUUUCGCUUACCCUGAUUCUGAUACUUGAGAUCCAGUGAUCUGCAUUCCGCAGCCGGAGUGAGUAGUCGGGGAGUUUUUGUCGACUCCAAUGGCCGUGGCGCUCCGGAGAACUCGCGGAGGCGGAUCAGCCAGCCUCUGUCGUUUCUUCUCUUACCGGAUAUUAGUCUCCGCCUUGUUCUCUCUUCUCUUUCACGCCACUCUCUCCGCUCUCUUCACAUCUCGCCCUCCAACCUUCCUCCACGAUUCGGUAACUUCACUUCCGACUCCUUGUAAUGCGUAUGUGCACGGUACCUUUCUGGCUUUGAACUCCGACCCGCUUAAAACGAGAUUAGGUUUGAUUUACCGGCAAGCCACUGAUCACCUAACGCUAGUCAAUUCAAUGUGUAUUCAGCGUAUGCAAGGAAGCUGAAGCUUGAAAUCUCGAAGCAAUUGAGAACGUUUGAUGAUUUGGCUAAGAAUUUAUCAGAUCUGCCGACCAAAGCCAGCCACGGUUCCUUGUUUGAGUCUCAGGGGCCGUUGGAUGAGGAUGCAUUGAGGCAGUUUGAGAAGGAAGUGAAGGAUAGAGCAAAGAUUGCGAGGCUGUUAAUUGUGGAA